GUUCGAUCAUCCCUGGGAAGGCAGUUCGGUUGUUCGGUAAAGGCACUCUUCGUUCGUCCCUCCUAUCCGUUCAGUUUCUUUCGGUCACCGGCCACCUUCGGCUUCCAUUAAUUUUAUUUAUUUUCUUUUUUUGCUCGUUGUAAAAUCUGAACGAAUUAUAAGUUCGGAUUAUUUUAUUUAUACUCCCGUUGUAAUAAUUGUAUUAAUCUUAGGGUAGUAGCAUGGACCGUGGGUUCCUCUGGCAACAGGAUGAGUUCCGAAGCUCCAAUAGGAACUUCAUCGGUUGCCAUGGUCGUGCCUUCCUCACUGUUACCCUUCAGUGUGGGGGCCGCUACAAUGACAUCCUUCUCGAUGCCGAGCUCGAUCUUCGAGUCGGCUCGUCGAUCCAUUCCAGGGCUCGAAACCACGAGGGUUACCUCGUUGUUGGGCUGAUAUCAGUGUCCGCUAGUACGGUUCAAAGGCCACCGAAGUUCAAUGGCACAAACUUCAAAAUUUGGAAACAAAAGUUGACGUUCUUUUUUACCAUCCUGGGAUUUGCUAAGUACAUACAGCAAGAUCCUCCCCAAACGAACGAGGAAAACGACCCCCUCGUGGCGAUGGUGAACCAAGCAUGGUACCAUAACAACUAUCUCACCAUCAACUACAUUCUCGAGGGGUUGGCCGAUACGUUGUACCCCACCUAUGCCGGUGCAAAGCUUGCCAAGGAGCUUUGGGAUAGCUUGAAGAAGAAGUAUCAAGCUAAAGAUGCCGAAACAAAGAAGUUCAUUAUCGGGAAGAUGCUGGACUACAAGAUGGUUGACAAUAAAUCUGUUGUGCCCAGGCUGAGAAGCUUACGGAAAAAGAAGCCACAACAAAAAAAGAAGACCACCGAAGCCAUGUGCGCAGAGCUCGACAACUUGGACCUCUGCGCAGUUAUCCCUGAGGUGUAUCUCGUCGAGUCAAACCCGAUGGAAUGGUUUGUGGACACAGGAGCCACAUGCCAUAUUUGCUCCAAUCGGAGCAUGUUUCACGAAUUCCAAGAGACCUCCGGUGACAAGGUCUAGAUGGACAACUCGGCCCAAUAAGAGGUUCAAGGGGUUGGUAAGAUCAACCUUAAAAUGACCUCUUGCAAAGUGCUAACGCUUAAUGACAUGCUCUAUGUUCUAGACAUUCGCAAGAAUUUAGUGUCAGGGUCAUUGCUGAUCAAACACAGCUUUCGGAUGGUGUUUGAAUCAGAUAAACUAAUCUUGUCCAAGAAAGGGAUUUUUAUAGG